AUGGCUAAAGGGAGAAAUACAGAGCAGGCCACAUGCACGCAAAAGGUCUACUGGACAAGUAAGGUGGCUUCCAAAACAAUUGAAGAGGAGAUUGGACAGGGUCUCCUCAAUACCAAGGAGAGCAACCUGGGGGGUUUCAUGUUCCUCAGAGAGGUUGAGGAUUCCAACAGACAAAUUGGGCAAGGGACAAACAGUGAGCUGUUAGAAAAAGAGGACAAUCCGGACAGUGAAGCAAAACAGCUGCCCAGCAACCUUAAAGCAAAAAUUGCAAUCUAUUAUCCCAAACACCUCAAAGUACACACACUGGCAUACACCAAAGACUCUGGGAACCCACAGCACAAGGAGAGUAACAAAUACCUGAAACAACUUUGUGAACAGUUCACUGCUGUCACUAAUCACCAGGUUUUAGAGAAUCUUCGAUACCGAGGACAGAUCAGUGAGGCGCCAGGGCAGAACAAUGAUAAAACCCACACAACCCUCAUCAUUUAUGGGCCACUAGGGUGUGGAAAAACCGCUGUGAUGUGCAAACUAUCUGAGCAGGUACAAGCUGUUUUAGGGCAAGACAGUGUAGUCGUGAUUCGUUUGCUGGGGACAUCCCAGCUCCAUUCUGCCAUUCACAGCCUGCUGAGGGACAUUUGUCUCCAAGUGUGUUUAGCAUUUGACUUGCCACCACCUCCAACCCAUACCACACAGGCUUGCAAUUGCCCUCCAAAGGUCCACAUCAUCAUUUCCAUCUCCACUGCAGAGUUUGAUACUCUGAAAGCUCUCCAACAUGCUGUGCCCGAGGCUGAAGCAUACUUUGAAGCAGGACCCUUAUCCUGUGAGGAAGGUGAGGAGAUGCUACAGAUGCUCUUAGCAUCAGACAGACGAUGGCUAAGUGAGCAAGCCCUGCUCUUCAAGAUGGCCCUCCACGAGGCCAGAAAAUGGGCAUCUUACACUUCACCUUCAGAACCAGUGAUUGCUAGCACAGCCCAGGACACCAUGAAGCAUCUGUGCGAGAGACUGGAAAAGUCACAGGGCACAGUCCUCGUGGCUCGUGUCCUUGGCUAUAUUGCUUCCUCACCGCAAUUUGUUGAAAUGAUGCAGAAUUGUUAUCUAUCAAAACAAGACCAAAUCAAGAGGCAUGUUUCUCUGGCAGACUUCUUCAAGAGAACUUGGAGCUGGGGAAUGAAGAAACCUCUUACGUUGCCACACUUUAGCAAGACCUCAAAUGCCAAGAGGAAGGGAGCCCCGCAGCCACUCUGGUUCUCUGAUACUCUUGCAAAUCUGAGGAAGUUGAGUGAAUUGCCAUUUCAUUUACUUAAUGCUGAACAAAUUGAGGAGCUAAAACAGGAUCUGCUGAGUAAGGACUGGGCAAGAGGGGGUAUACAGCGCUCUGCAGAGGCAUGCUUCAUGCCUGCAGCCACGGCUAAGAAUCACAACCAUUCCGCAGAGCAUCAGGAAUAUGAACUGGAUCUGCCUCUGGAACAGAGUGCUGUUGACGACUUUGCCAUGUGUACUGAAUGCAUUAGCUGUCCAGAACUAUGCCUUGUGCAGGACACACUUCUCCUUCUGAAGCCAUCGGUCAGCAGUAUACACAGCCCUGACGGUAACAGCUACGUCAGAGUGACAGAGUGUGACACAAAUGUUUACCAGAGGAAAGAACUGGAAUUUUGCUUUCCAACAGGCGUCACAGUGAUGGCACUUUGCUCUGAUUACCAGCUGCUGGUGGCAGGUUCCCAGGAUGGCUCAAUGCUUGUCGGGAAUAUGGUUUUUGAGAUGCUGUGUGCCCUUCCUGGGCACUCCACUGAGGUGAGAUGCGUGAAAGCGUUUGGAAAAGGAACCUGUGCUGUUCCAGCUGCCAUGGAUCACAGUCCGCGCAUUUGGAAUUUGAUGUCUGGCAGAGCAAGGUUUGUUAUCCAGGAUAAGCAUAUCAAAGAACAGCCCUCACAUCACCAUCAUGUGGAUGAGGGGCACACAGCUGUAUAUUCUUCUUCAGAUACAGGGGUCAAAGCUUGGCACCUAGAGACAGCAGAACGCAUCUUCCAGAUUUCUGGAGAGGCGUCAGAUGCAUGGAUGUGUUCUGCAGUCUUCAGCCCAAGGCUGGUGACUAUGACUGUGUCUGAAGGAGAAAUGCUGAGUCUGGGGAACAGCAACACUGGCGAGCUGAAAUCCAAAUGUCAGCUAUCACGGCUAUGGGAAGAAACACCAACGUCCAGUGUUCUGAUGCAGAAUCCGCUAAAGAAGCUUCCUGGAAGGGUUUGCUUUGUGAUGGAGUCAGAAGAUGAGUCCAUUCUUGCUGCAGGUUCAAUAGCACCCAUUCCUUGGGAAGGUGUCGGUCACAGAAGCCAGAUCUCCUGUUUGGAAAGCAGCCACGGAGAGCAGCAGGCACUCAGUGGAUCUGAAGACUCCCUGCAGUGUCUCUGGGACUUGGAGUUCUGUCAGGAGGAACCGGAGAUGUGCUAUUAUAAGGUACUACCGUGGAUUUUCUGUGCUUGCGCCUCAAAAGUUAACAAGUACUUGUAAAUGGGGUCGCUGGAUCAGUCCAUUACAGUCUGGGAUGUUGCAAGCAGUGCCUUGCUGGCUGUACUGUGUGUGUACACAACGGCUAACAGAAUUGUACCAACUGCAGAUGGAUUUGCUGCAAUAAUAAAAGUUGGUUACAUAUUUUGUGAGAAGUUUCACUGUCCUAAGAUCACCUCUCCUAGGUAUAACCCACUCCAGAACAUUGUGGCAACAUGUACGGUAAAAUCCAGAAAGAAAGACAGGGAAAACUGA